AUGACAGCAAAAUGGAAGAAGCCUCACGAACGCACCUCAUUCACACACACACAGCAUGAAGAGUUGGAGGCUCUGUUUAGCUGCAACAUGUUUCCAGAUAAAAACCUCCAGAGAGAACUUGCUUUAAAACUCAACCUACCGGCGUCAACAGUAAAGAUUUGGUUCAGGAAUCGGUGGUUCAAAAAGAGGAAGCAGCAGUGGCAACAAGAGCAGCAAUCACUAAAGCCACCGAACCAGGUCCUUCCAGCCAAAAAUGUGCCCACAGCAUCAACCAGUCCUCAUUCUUUUCUCCCUGCAGUUUCAGAUUCCUAUAGCUCCCACUCACCUCAGCCCUUAGACCCUUUCCAUUGGGCAGGGGACUCUAUAAUCACUGAGAUUGCUACAAGUGAUGUCCAAAUGCAAGAUCCUCAGUUGGAGAGGCUAGUGGCCUCAGUUCCUGCUUUGUACUCUGAUGCCUAUGACAUAGCACAAAUCAUGGAACUGUACAGUUUUCCUGCUGAGGAUGAGAUAGCCAGCUCUUCUUUCCACUCUCUGUAUCAUUAUCUCUCACCAACAAGGCCCAGUUAGAAGAAUUCCUCUCUUAGCCUCUUUGCUGAUCCAGCUGUAGGUUUAUCUCCCGGGCAAACCUGCUUCAGUAUGACAAGCUGGAGCUUUGCAGCCUACAGUCUAAGAAACAGCCUGGAAUUCCAGAACCCCUUCAGUAUGGUACACUUUGUAUGUCGCUGA